CUGAUGAAAACAAAGUAGAAAGAGUUUAGCAAUGUUUACUAUUUAGAGUUGAAGAAAGUGACUUGGCAGAUACAAAGGAGUCUUAUAUAUAGCGUAUUACGCAACACAUAAGAUACCUUUCUAAAUAACGUGGAGGGCUGAAUUAUUGAAAGCGAUUUUAAUAGGGUUCCCCUUGGUGGGGGAACCCUAAAAAAAAAAAAUGAACUAUCUCGAAAACAUCGGGCUGCUCGAUAACAACCAUAUCAGAAAUAGCUGGCUACGAAGUAUCUCGAGCGCGGAGUUAAAAAUCCAAGUUUUCAUCGGACUGUAUUUUGUCAACUUUCAGUUUUUCAACAAGCGUCCUUCAUAGUCAAAAUUUUAAAUCUAGUUUUAAAUUCGUUUCGUGGUAAUUAUUCAGUACGAUGAGUAAAGGAGUGAAAGCUGCAGCGCCUGGCGCACCUGCUGGUGGCGGGGGAUCGGGAAAUACUCCGGAUGUAGUCAUCGCCAAAUUAUUAGAUAGGAAAAACUUCUCUUUUUAUAAAGAUCUGCAGAAUAUCGAAUGCAAAGCUCCGACGAAUUUCGACGCGAAAUGCGUUUUAAAAGCUAACGAAAUAAUUUGGUUAUGCGAAAAAGUCAGAGAAAUCGUAUCGAAUGAACCCACUCUGGCAGAAUUACCCGCUCCCGUAAUGAUAGUCGGCGAUAUACACGGUCAGUUUAGAGAUUUGCUUCUCGUAUUAGACUGCAUUAAAACGCCUCCUUCGAUGAACUUUCUGUUUCUGGGCGAUUACGUUGACAGAGGCGAAUACUCGUUGGAAUGCAUAAGCCUUAUAUUAGCCUACAAAAUUAAAUACCCGAAACAAGUAAUUAUGCUGAGGGGUAAUCACGAAUGUGCCAGCUCGACCAGGGCUUACGGAUUCUACGCCGAAUGCCAAGUUCGGUUCAAAGGAGCGGAUUUAUGGCAAUAUUUCAUGAAACUUUUCAACAUGUUGCCGGUGGCUGCGACCGUAGCCGAUCAAAAAAUCCUUUGCAUGCACGGCGGAAUAAGUCCAGAUUUACACACCUUCGAGGAUAUUACAAAAAUCAAACGACCCUCCGAUAUUCCCCCGAAAGGUUUACUCACCGAUUUACUCUGGGCCGAUCCCGAUAAAGACGAAGACGGCUGGAAUCCGAAUAUCGACAGAGGAAUUUCAUUCACUUUCGGCGCUGAUGUUGUUACAAAAUUCACAAAAAAACAUAACUUAGCAUGCAUCGUUCGAGCUCACCAAGUAGUUAAAAACGGAUUCGAAUUUUUCGCUAAAAGAAAAUUAUGUACGUUAUUCACUGCUCCGAAUUAUUGCGGGGUAUUUAAAAACGACGGAGCAUGUAUGAAAGUCGAACCGCCUCUAAAUGUCACGAUAAUUCGAUUAUUUUUCAAGCAUAAAGAAAACCCCGAUACGAAAAAACGUUGUGAAAGUCUACCCGUGAAAGUGAGCACGGAAGCUGCGUAAAUUUCGCGUCAUUUCAAACGUUCGUUUCGAAAAUUCUCCUUAAUCGGCAUCGAGGUG